AAGCUUGAGUGUCAAGCGAAUAUGGCGUCUCUUGUUGCAGAAUACGGAGAUGAUAGCAGCUCUUGUGAUUCAGAGCAUGAUUGUAAUGAAAAUGAUGAUACCGAAAAUGGUUCAAGAAACAAACACAUGAAACAAGAAACGUUAGCUGUGAACUUUUUCACAGAUACCGGAAAAGGUGACAGCGGUGAUUCAGAUACGGACUCUAUCAAAAAUCUAUCAAGUCCAAAUGAAACAAAUGAAAGCGACACUUCCAGUAAAAUGCAAAAGUUACCAUCUCCCUUCCAGUUUACUGGUAGUGUUAGGCUUCCCAAUCCAUCCCUCAGUGCCAAGGCCAAUGAAGGAUGCCUUCUUGGUACGGAAGAAGUGGCAUCGUCUUCUGUAUUUGUAAAUCCAUAUGAGCAAGAAGAACUCACCAGGUUAGGAAUCCUUGAGAAGCACGUACGGCUGACAGAGGCUGCUCCACAAAGACCAGCAACUAAGCAGAUCUGCUGGAAGUUCAAAAAGGGAAGAUGCCAUCUUGGUGAUAGGUGCCGUUUCUUCCAUGACAUGAGCAACAUUUUUCUUGGUGGUUGUGAAAGCGGUAGUUCAAAAAACAAACAUAGACUUGACGGUUCAGUGGCACCUCAACAAGAUAGUGCAAGUGUUGGACAAGAGCUGUCAGCGUUUCGCAGUAAUCUUUCUGCAGGCCAGUCAGCAGACACACAAAGCACUGAUGAUAGUGACAGCUGUGUGUUCUUAGCCAAGAGGAAAAAGCGCCAUGGUGUCACAGACGCGUUGCAGCCUCCAAAGAAAGCCAUGGAUUCUUUAAAUAAGAUGAGACAGCGUGAGCAUCCUUGGACUAUCAAAAAGUAAAAUUGUGACUAUAUAAGGAUGGUUAACAUGUAAUUUUGCUCUUCCCACUAUGGGAAUAUUACACAUAGUAUGCAUACCAUGCUGCUUACACAGCUUGUUAUUUUUUUAAAAAAGCUAGAUUUUUUAAAAAGCACUGUGGUGUUUCAUUACCUUAUUGUUGGAAUAUUGUGACAACUUUAUUUAUAUGGCAAUUUGGGUAAAAAGAGGAAAGAUGAGUACCUGCCUACAAAAUGGCUUCUAAAAGAAUUCUCAGGUCCUGGCCUCUCACUUGAUCCAUACAAGUAUAACUACACAUAUCUUCAGACCUUUGCAUUAAGAAACUUAACUAACGAACUGUUUGUUGAAAAAUUGGGUUUAAUUCUUUACAACACUGCUUCUCAAGCAGUCAGGACUAAAGUGAAUGUUGUGCACGGAUAAAAUAAGAUUUUUAUAGUACAUUUUUUUACUUUGCACAUUGACACGAUGCACUUUAGAAAUGAAAACAAAAAAGUAAAAAUAAAUAUACAACUAUAAGGACUCAGACAUAGCAUAUAUACAUACAUAGCCAAAAUCAUAUAAAAAUGUAUGAUGACAACAUAGCAUUCAGAAUAUAGGAACAAGAUUUCUCAGGGUGAGAUGGUAGAAGGUUAAAGACUUGAUGCAGUUAACUUGUAAAGGUCACAUCCCCACCCACUUCCCUCACAUUUGUUAUCUGUUCAGAAGUGUAAGUGUUUGAUACAUGAUUAAAGUAAAUUAAAUUGUUAGCAUAUUCUCACCAAAUAUUUGUUCUAGUGCAAGUAUUUUUGCUGCAAAGUAAGUAUUUAAUUAUCUUUAUUUACCUUAAGUGUUUAAAUGAAAUUUCAUAUCAUUGGUGCAGUGGCUUCACUGAGUCAAAAUGCUUAGUACUGAUGUGUUGUGAAAUAGCACAAUCCACUGUUUCUGGUCUAGUGUUUUCUUUUAUUGCACAUUUAUCUUUUUGACAGAAUACCUAUUGUGGGCUAGCAUUACUGUUGCCUGUAUGCUUGAAAUCUAGUACACAUUAUAUUGAGGGAAAUAAUAGGAAAUAUUCUAAAAAAAUGAUGAAGCUCUGUAAUCAUAGUUGAUCUUAUGUAAAUGAUGUGUAAAGAUCAUGUUUAUAUUGUGAUUAUAUCAUGCUUUGUCUCUUCACUGGUACAGUGCAUGCCUCACCCCACAUUCAGUUACAUUACUGUAAGAGAAUCAACUUAGAUUUUCUUUCUAGUGCCGCUUUUUUGGAGUUAUGGAUAAAAAUGAUAAAAUUAAGCAGCUAUUGUAUUUUCCCUCCCGAAGUGUAGGAUGUGAACAAACAGGCAGAGACAGACAUCUGGACAUAUACUGGCUAAACAAUAGAUUCUGUGCAAGGUGUGGACAGGACCAUUUGCAGUCUUGGUCACAGUUUUUCAAAUGAAUAUUACUCACUGAGAGCAGCUUCUGGCUACAAAUCUUUCAUCUCAAAUGGCAUUCUUUGUUUUGUGUGUGUGUCCAUGUAUGUCUGUGCAUGUCUUUUUUCUGUAAAGCACCGUAGGCCUGUCUAUAGAAUUGGAAUAUGGUGCUAUAUAAGUUCACAUUAUUAUUUAGGCUUUAUUUGUAUGUAUUCAUUGAAAUACACAUUUUAAUACCAGAAACAGUCCAGCUUUGUAAAUGGAGGGUUGGUCUCUCUUUUGUAUGUAUUGUUACUAUGAAGGCCACCCUGAAUACUGUGAUGCUAGUUUGUUGUGGCAUGCCCAGUUUCUGGUCAGAAUUGUCAUUAUUCUUCAUUGUUUUUGUUGUUUAAGCACUCUGGCUUCCUUGAGUGAAAACAAAGGUUAUAGCUAAAUGUUAAUUUUUUUAUAUGAGAUCCAUAUUAAUAUUGAAUGAUGUAGCUAAUUAAAAAAAAACUACUUUAAAGGACUAUUGGGGUGCAGUAUUAUAAACAUGCACAGAGAGGGCAAAAUUGAGGUCUCAUUUGUACAUAAAUAUGCCUAAUUAACACAUAGUCCCUUUGAAUGAGGCCAAUAUAGACAUGUCCAAAUACAAUCUUGAUCUCUGUAUUGUUGACAUCUUUGUGUGCAGGGCGAUGUUUAUAGACAUGGAUCUGAAGAAUGAAAGUGGAAUAUUCACCAAAAUUAGAAGAAAUAUUAUCUUGUAUUAAUAUCUUUUAUUGGAAAAAAAAUUUCCCCCCUCAGUCUUUAAAAGAGCCUUUUUAAUAGUUAAACUGAUAGUAAAGAAAGAAAGCAAAUUGUUUUUGAACCCCUACAGAAAAACAAAUGUUGUAUUUUAGUGUUGUUAUGAUUUCUCAUUCUGCUUCAGCGCUUUUGUAGGUCAAGUGAGUAACAGAAUCAUUUUUUAAGAAACUGCCUAAGCUGUCAGGGUUUCUCAUUAUGCACAAGUCUUAUUUGUGAAUUCUAAAUUAUGGAAACAAAAUUCGCCAUGGGGCACUUUAAAAACAUACAUGAUUUAGUUUAGGAAUCAGAAAACUGUCAGAAAAGUCUGAGGUCUCAUUGUGCCAGAUAUUUUGAAUAAAAAAAACCCCAGUAAACUAGAAAUGAAAGCUGAUAUUUUAUUAUUACUGGUUAUCAAAUGUUGACAGAUCCAUAAAAACAUGCUUAUAGUUUCUUAACAUGUUGAGUAAAGAUAAAAUUUAUACAUUUUUAUCUGCAAAUGGUCAAGAUAAUUCGGUUUGUAUACCGGAAGGGUUAUGGAUUUAGUAAUGCCCAACUGUAGGUCUAAAAACCCCUAGCAAUUUAGAAAUGGUAAAUAUUCAGGUAGUGGAGCCAUUGUAAUUUUUUGUUUUACAGGCUAAUACAAUGUUCUCAUGCUAGUUUUAGUUCAGUCAGUGGUAUUAAGUUAUUUGAAAAGACAUAACAAGACCUGGUCAUUAGUGUUUCCCACAGACAGCAACAAGCCAAAAGCCACUUUUCUCACUCUGUCAGUGACAUAAUGUUGUAACGGUUAGUUGUCACUACAAGAAUGCAAGGACCCGAGUUCAGAUGUCGUUUCAGGGCACACGCUCUAGUUUCUGGGUAUGAUCUGUUCACAAAGUUGGCCAUCUCUUUUUUUGGCUACCAUAGGUUUUUUUCCCUUGAGUUAACCCUUGAAACAUCUCCCCUAUAGUGCAAAAUCACUUCAAGGUAGGUUAAAAAAAAAAAAUCAAGUUUAUUCCAUUUCAAAGAUAUAAAUUCCUAAUAGCAAGUCAUCCCUCUGUAACAUCACAAGUUUCUAUGGCUUACUUGGUUAUGCACGAAUUGGAAAUGCAAACAUUGGUUACCUUUUAUUCUGCCAACCUUGCUUGAGCAAUAUCAAUGUGCAGCUGUAUAUUUGAUGUUUAAAUAGUAUGCUCAUAAUAUAUGCACAGAACAUGUUUUUGAUGAUUACAAUUCAUAAAGCCAACGUAGUUGCAUAUUUGGUGAAAUCCCUUUAAAUCCAAGAUUAAGUAAAACUAGAGAUAGAAAAUUGAUUCAAUUUCUGAUACAGUUCACGAAGACCCAACUUAAAACUGAAAAUGAGGUGAAAAUAAGUAAUAAAUAAUGUUGUCUUUGUGAAGGAAUAGUCUUGGAAUUUAUUUGCAGCAGUACAAAUACAUGUACACCUUUAAUUACACGUAUGUCAAAUACUGAAGGCUGAGAAGGAAGGACUGAAACAGCUUAAUAUUUCUGAAGUGUUACAGUAUGAAUAUGUAUUAUAUUGUAAACACAUCUCUAUUAUCUGUAAACAAAAUGUUUUACCUAUGUCCUUGUAAAACCACUCUCAGGAUUAAGCAAUAGGGAUAAGCCAAAUAAGAACCACACACAUACACACACAACACUCAAAUGAAAGGAGACUAUGUGGAGAAUUUAGAACAGAUAUCUUCAUUUAUACAUGGUGUAAGAGUUACAGAAUUCAUUACAGGAUUACAAGUGAAAAAUACAUAAAAAGGCCUUCCUAUGUGAAACACAUUUGUCUCCAACGCCCAAAUAUUCACGUUGAAAAAAAUGCAUAUUCUUAGCAUGAAACUCAGCUGGCAGUUUAGAAGAAAGUGAUUAAUGUGUAACACAU